AUGCGUAUAACCGCCGACAGCUUGGUUGCGGGCCCACACCUGUGGGUGUGGGGCCACGCCGCCCAGCCUGUGGGUGUGGGGCCACGCCGCCCAGCCUGUGGGUGUGGGGCCACGCCGCCCAGCCUGUGGGUGUGGGGCCACGCCGCCCAGCCUGUGGGUGUGGGCCCCACGCCGCCCAGCCAGUGGGUGUGGGCCCCACGCCGCCCAGCCAGUGGGUGUGGGCCCCACGCCGCCCAGCCUGUGGGUGUGGGCCCCACGCCGCCCAGCCUGUGGGUGUGGGCCCACGCCGCCCAGCCAGUGGGUGUGGGCCCCACGCCGCCCAGCCUGUGGGUGUGGGGCCACGCUGCCCCAGCCUGUGGGUGUGGGGCCACGCCGCCCAGCCUGUGGGUGUGGGGCCACGCCGCCCAGCCUGUGGGUGUGGGGCCACGCCGCCCAGCCUGUGGGUGUGGGGCCACGCCGCCCAGCCUGUGGGUGUGGGGCCACGCCGCCCAGCCUGUGGGUGUGGGCCCCACGCCGCCCAGCCAGUGGGUGUGGGCCCACGCCGCCCAGCCAGUGGGUGUGGGCCCACGCCGCCCCAGCCUGUGGGUGUGGGCCCAUGCCGCCCAGCCAGUGGGUGUGGGCCCACGCCGCCCAGCCAGUGGGUGUGGGCCCCACGCCGCCCAGCCUGUGGGUGUGGGCCCCACGCCGCCCAGCCUGUGGGUGUGGGCGUCGCUUCACUAG